AUGUUUUCUCUUCUGUCUCUCGGACUCGUCUUAGCUUUGCUUAAGUCUGGCUUAGCAGCCGUAUAUGACGACCCCGGCCAGCUGCCUAUGGACAAACAGUACGAUUUCGUCAUCGUUGGAGCGGGGACUGCGGGAAAUGUCAUAGCUGCACGUCUGGCUGAGAAUGCCAGCACCUCUAUUCUGAUUGUGGAAGCGGGGAGAAACAAUGUCGGGUUCGAUUCUUAUCUCAUUACCAUACCAUUCUUUGGUCCUCAAGCGUCGCCGCACACAACCUUUGACUGGAACUAUACUACAAUUCCUCAGGAACCGCUAAACAACCAACUCAUUGCGUAUCCUCGUGGCUAUGUUUUGGGAGGCAGCAGUUCAACUAACUAUAUGGUAUACACUCGCGGUUCUUCAGACGACUAUGAUCGUUUCGCUGAUCUGGCUGGCGACGACGGCUGGAACUGGGAUAACCUGUUUCCCUAUGCUCUAAAGGGUCAUAACGAAACUGGACAGUACAUUCCUUCGAUCCACGGGACUGAUGGGCCACUGUUGACGAGCAUUUACGGCUACCCUGCGGAUACCGAUGAUCGAGUCAUUGCAGCAACCGCAGAGCUUAGUGAAGAAUUUCCGUGGAACCCAGAUCACAACUCUGGGAACAUGUUGGGUGUCUCGUGGAUGCACAGCACCAUCGGUGGGCCUCUUAGAAGUAGUUCUGCGACCGCCUACCUCGAACCCGCGUUGAGAAACCAUUCCAACCUCGACCUUGUUUACAAUAGUCAAGUCACCAGGCUGAUUCAGAACGGUGAAAUAGAAGGUCUUCCCGUAUUCACCACGGUCGAGUUUGCUAGGAAUCCCACUGCCCCUCGUUAUAAUGUUUCUGCCACGCGCGAAGUCAUUCUAUCAGCUGGCGCCAUUGGAACCCCUCAGAUUCUUAUGCUCUCUGGAAUUGGCAGGUCUCUGGACUUGGCCGCCGUUGGCAUCAAGCCCAUUAUUGACCUGCCUGAGGUGGGACAGAAUCUUGUUGACCACCCGUUGUUGCCAAUCCAGUGGAACGUGGACAGCAAUGGGACUAUGGAUCCUAUCUACCGUGCUGAAGCUGCUCUCGAGGCCGCUCUUGAACAAUACUAUGCAAAUGGAACCGGUCGUCUUGCUGCGAAUGGGGUCUCCACUCAAAUGGCUUUCCUCCGUCUCCCGGAGAAUUCGUCUAUCCUUGCUGAAUUUGGGGAUCCUACUUCUGGACCUGGUUCGCCGCAUUACGAGCUUGCAUUUGCUGACGGUUUCUUUACCACUUCUCAAACCAACCCUACGUCGGGGUCAUACUUUUCCAUCAUAAAUGUGGUUGUUACACCCACAUCUCGUGGAGCCAUUACUCUCGCCUCUAACGAUCCCUUCCAGCAUCCUACGAUCGAUCCGAAGAUACUAAGCACUGACUACGAUGUCAAUGUUAUGAUUGAGAGCGUCAAGGCUGCCCAACGUUUUGCCGCUGCACACGCUUGGGAUGGAUAUAUCACCGGACCGUAUAUCGGCUCGGUCAACACUACCACAGACGACGGGAUCAAGGAAUACCUGAGCCGAUGGGCGACUACCAUCAAGCAUCCGUUCUGCACUGCUAGGUUGAGCAAGGAAGAUGGUGAAGGGGUUGUUGAUGGUCAGCUGCUGCUCAAGAAGGCCAAGGGAGUAAGGAUUGUCGAUGCCUCGGUCUUUCCCAUCAUUCCUGCCGGCCAUCCUCAAGCUAUGGUUUAUAUCAUCGCUGAGCGUGCUGCUGAUGUUAUUAAGGCAGCAUGGGGUAUGUGA